AUGGCCAGUCUGCGUUGUCUAUGGAUAAUAGCCAGCAGCAAAUGCAGCAGCAGCAGCAGCAGCAGCGAGGGGGGCCCCCCAUACGAGGGGCCCCUGGGGGCCCCCCUGCAGCAUAGAGCAGCAAUACCCCUACCAUCUAUAAGAGCAGCAACACUAAGAACAAACAGAAACACAAAACCCCCUGCUGCUGCUGCUGCUGCUGCUGCUGCUGCUGGAAGGAAUAGGGGAAUCCGCAGUCAGCAGCAGCAGCAGCAACAGCAGCAGCAGCAGCAGCAGCAGCAGCAGAAGGGGAAGACACAAAGCCCAUCCGGAGAGGGUCCGAGCGUUGCUGCUGCUGCUGCUGCUGCUUCUGCUGCAGCAUCAGGAGCAGAGAGUAUCGAGAGCCCUGCAGCAGCAGCAGCAACAACAGCAGCAGCAACAGCAGCAGCAGCAACAGCAGCAGCAGCAGCAGCAGCAAACUUUGCUGCUGGCCAGGAGCAUCUCUCAGCCCAUCCAGAGAAGGGGCGUUUGGCUCCAGGCAGCGAGAGAAGAGCAGCAGCAGCAGCAGCAGCAGCAGGAACAGCAGCAGCAGCAGGAGGAGGCGUGGGGUUUUAUCCUGUUGCUGCAGCAGCAGCAGCAGCAGGAGCAGCAGUGGGGCAGCAGCCAACUGUAUAUACAGAGGGAUGCACAGCGCGGCUGCUGUUUUCUAGGCUUUUUAUAUCCGCAGAACAGAGAUGGAAGAGACUAGCAGUGUUGCUGCCUCCUGAGGAUGAUGUUACUUGUGCUGCUGCUGCUGCUGCUGCUGCUGCUGCUGCUGGCGGUGGUUCGAGGUCUCCAGCAGCAACAGCAGCAGCAGCAGCAGCAGUGGAGUGGGGGCUGCCGCAGCAGCAGCAGCAGCAGCAGCAGCAGCAUUUGUUCUUUCACGAUCAGCAGCAGCAGCAGCAGCAGCAGCAGCAGCAGCAGCAGCAGCAGCAGCAGCAGCAGCAGCGGGUGCGUGGUUCUACAGCAGCAGCAGCAGCAGGCGGUGCUGCUGCUGCUGCUGCUGCUGCUGCUGACGCAUGCAUAUUUGAUGGUGGGGGUUAUAGGGGGCGCGGGCUGCUGGAGGAGACCCCGAAGCCCCCAGCUGGGCCCGAAGCGGUGCGGCGCCUCCUUCAGUAUAAACCUUGUGGGGAGACAGCAGCAGCUGCAGCUGCAGCAGCAGCAGCAGCAGCAACUGCUGCUGCUGCUGCUGCUGAUGGUGCUGGUGCUGCUGCAGGAACUGCAGCAGCAGAUGCAGCAGAUGCGCCAAAGUGCUUUCGGCGGCUUCAGCUGCUGCAGUGGCGGCGCGAGCUGCAGCAGCAGCAGCAGCAGCAGGAACUGCAGCAGCAGCAGCAGCAGCAGCAGCAGCAGCAGGAGAGUUUCUCUCGUGUGGAGACACCAAAUAAAGGGGCAGCAGAGGGGGCUGUCUUGCUGCCUGUAGCGGGGCCUAAAGGAGACAGCAGCAAGGGCGAAGCAGCAGCAGCAGCAGCAGCAGCAGCAGCAGCAACAGCUGCCGCUGCAGCGCCUGCUGCUGCAGCAUCGUCUGCUGAUCUGACAGCAGCAACACCACCUGUUGCUGCUGCACGCACCAGCACCAGCAGCAGCAGCAGCAGCAGCAGCAGCAGCAGCAGCAGCAGCAAAGAUACGGAGACAAAGAGAUACCCAAGUGAGGCGAUGAGCCCGGGGCUGAAAGGAGACAGCUCUCCUAGCCCCACCCCCCCCCACAUGCGAGGAGACAGCAGCAGCAGCAGCAGCAGCAGCAGCAGCAGCAGCAGCAGCAGCAGCAGCAGCAGCAGCAGCAGCAGCGGUAUUACAAUAGAAGUUCAUAUAAAGGAGACAUUCAGCUGCCAAAUGAAAGGAAGAGAAGAGCAGCACAACCAGCAGCAGGAAACAUCUCUAGCUGGACAGGUGCGUGUCUCCUCUUCUGUUUUGUCUCCUUCUGAGUUGGGUUUGUCUUUAUCUUUUUCUUCUUUGCGCUGUCUCCCUUCUCUUAGUAUUCAUCCAGCAGCAAGAAUACAAAACAAGUAA